CUCCAAUUGCGUGGAAAAAAAUCAAUGUCUUUUCGCUUUUUAAUAAUAGAAUAUUUUCUAGCCUCUUCCUUUUAAUUUCCUCGCCAUCCAAACAGAAAAAAUUAAACUCCACUACCCGCAACAAACGCAGGGACACGCCUUUCAGACGUUAUCAGAUCUUUAGGGUUUCCUUAUUAUUUUUUGAUACUCCGAAUUUCAAUUCUCUAAAAAAGCCCUAAAAUCCUCGGAUCAGGUCUGAGCUUGUGAUUGUUAGGCCUCUUUGAUCGACUAAGUUUCAUGUCUGAUCUCGACAUCCAGAUUCCUACUGCCUUUGAUCCUUUUGCUGAUGCAAAUGCUGAGGACUCAGGUGCUGGUGCAAAGGAUUAUGUGCACAUUCGUAUUCAGCAGCGGAAUGGUAGGAAAAGCCUGACAACUGUCCAGGGGUUGAAGAAAGAAUUCAGCUACAACAAAAUACUCAAAGACCUCAAGAAGGAGUUUUGCUGCAAUGGUACCGUGGUCCAGGACCCUGAAUUAGGGCAGGUUAUUCAACUUCAAGGCGACCAGCGUAAGAAUGUCUCAACCUUCCUUGUUCAGGCUGGCAUUGUGAAGAAGGAAAACAUCAAAAUCCAUGGUUUCUAAGUCGCAGCUGUGUCGAGUUUUCUUCUAAGUCUCCUGCGUUGUGUCUGAAGCAGGAAAUACUACUUGAUUAGGAUAUAUAUAUAUAUAUAUUUACUGUUAUAUCCUCUCUAUGUUGGUUUGAUAAUCGCAUAUGCAUCUUUUGUUUCUUGUGCUUUCCAGUUCAUCGGAUACUGUACUGUUGGAUGAUUAUGAAAUCUAUGGAAGUUUGUUUCUCUACAAUUCAAAGAUAAAA